GUUACUUCUUCCAGACGAAGUAAAAAAUCCUCAAGAAGUAAGUCCUCUCGUUUAACCACAGCAAGCACAACUUCAACGGCGCGACAACGUCGACUCAACUUAGAAGAAGAAUUAGCUACUUUAAAGGCCAAGAUGCAUAUGGCUGGAAAGAAGGAAGAGUUAGACGAAGCCAAUCGAAAGGCUUUAGAAAACCUUGACGAGUUAAGGCUUCAACUUCAGAAAGAAGAAACGAGAGUGAAGGAAGAAAUACAGAACGCCACGAAGAGAUUCCAAAUUGCAGAGGAACUAGCAGAAAAGAAGGCAAGAAUUGAUGCGUGCAAAAAAUUCGAAGAAGAGUUCGCACCACUACCUUUGGUAGACAGCGAUGAGGCAAGUUGUGCCCAAGAACGCCUCACAAGAUUUCUAGGGCUCCAACCGGACAUGCCAAAUGCUGAUAACUCCGUACGGGAAAACACAACUGCUGCCGAGUCCACGCCACCAAAGGACCCGAAAUUAACGCCAAAGUUAUGCCCAUUAAAUCCGUCUACUCCUGAAUUUGUCCCUAAUGCUGUGCCUUCCAUCCCCACAAACCAGCAGGACACUAUACCUCCCGUGAUCGAGAAAAUUGUAACCAACCCUGUCCUCAACGAACCUAGCCUUGUUCAAGCUCAACUUGACGUAAUUUCAAAAUUAUUAGAAGUUCAGAAUCAAAAUCGUCUACCAUUGCCCGAACCUGGAAUCUUCAAUGGCGAUCCCCUCCAAUUUCCAAUUUGGCUAAAGGCAUUCGAGACACUGAUCGAAGGUCGAGCAAUAAAUCCUGCGGAAAGGCUCCACUUCCUAGGCAAGUACGUCACAGGUGAGGCGAAGGAACUGAUUAAAGGAUUCAUGCUCUUAGACGGUUACCAAGCUAAGUUACCAAGAUGGACAUUGGUCAGAUGGGGAAGACGAGUCUACGAUUGGAAAGAAAAGAACCACAAUUUCCCCCCGUUCUCCGAGUUCGUGAAAUAUCUCGUGACCGAGUCCAAUAUAGCUUGCGAUCCAGUUAUCAGCCGUUUUAAGGAAGACGACUCUAAGAAAGCGAAGAGUCGACCGUACGAAAUACCGAAUCGCAGGAAUCGUCCGAAUCGAGAUGAAUAUCGCAGUCGAAACACACUCGCAACACGAUCAGAAGAAGGAGAUCAGAGCAAGGAAAGACCUAACGGCGAAGCAAAGCAGACCACCUGCAUACUGUGUAAUGGACCUCACGAACUGAACUCGUGUCAGUCGUUUUGCGCAAAGGAUAUAAUAGAUAGAAAGGAAUACGCGAAAGAAAGGGUCUUUGCUUUGGCUGCUUAA